CACCACUGAGCGUUGGCGCGACACAGCAGAAGAAGUGUGAACACUUCAGUAGAUUUACGGAUGCAGGGAAAUGGGUCUGCCUGAAUCUUGCUGACCUUUAAUGCUGACUGGCCCCUCCAGCCAUCUAACAACAUGCAAGGAUUCUACUCCAAGCUCGACUCCUCCCCUUCUUCGUCCCCCUUGUUGGGACCUGGCCUCAGGGGAGAUGGUGCUCCCGUACCUCUCAGCCUGGCUCUGGAGACGGAGAGAGCUCAGGCCCUCCUGCAGACUUUCAGUUCCGCCUCCCUGCUGGCGUCGGCAGGACUCGGGAUGUUCUGUGUGGUGGCAGACCACGCCCUCCAGCUGUCUGUCAUACAGCAACACUUGUGGCUGCGUGCUGUCUUGGACAACGCCACGCACGGAUUGGUGGGGCUGUGGUCAUGGGCGGUUGUUAUUGGACUGAGGAAAAAGAGCGAUUUAUAUGAGGUGUUACUCGCAGGGCUCCUGGCAUCAAUCAUAGACCUGGACCACUUCUAUAUGGCUGGAUCAUUAUCACUCAAGGCUGCUGUCUCACUCCCUCAGCGUCCACCGCUGCACUGUUCCUCUCUCAUUCCUAUCAUCUGUCUCACUCUCCGCUUCCUCAUGUGGCUCGGGCGCCUCAAAGACGCUUGGUGCUCCUUGCCAUGGAUGCUUUUCAUUUCCAUGGUGACACACCACGUCCGGGAUGCAGUGCGCCACGGCCUGUGGGUGUGCCCAUUCGGCAACACGGCGCCGAUCCCAUACUGGUUAUACAUCAGCACCACGGCGACGCUCCCUCACCUGUGUUCAGUGCUCAUGUACCUGACGGGAACCAGAGAUGUGAUAUUCACUAAACACGGGGUGGCCAUCGAUGUUUAAGGCAUCACCAACUUUGGAUCACCUUUGGAUAAAAAUGUUCUUAGCUAUUUAAAAUAAUUAUCAAAUACCUUUCAAUUCUGAAGAACACGUAUAUAUGGCUAUGAAGACAUUUUUCAGUUCAUUUGACAUAAAUAAUGAAAACUUUUUGUUUUCUUUUCUCACAAAAGAAUGAGAAAGCUCAUUAUAUUAUAAUGAAAAAAGUAAACGUAUGACUUUUCAUUGGUGGAGAUGGCUGUAAAAUACUAAAUUAGCUUUUUGAAAUGGGAACAUCCCAAUAUAAGUGCCAAUCACUGUUUUUGUUUGUUUGUUUAUUUUCCUUUUCAUGGCAUGGAUUUGUAUCAGAAUCCUCUUCAAUAACCUGGGGACUAAAUGUAAAGAUGUGAACCCUCUUUUUACUCAUAUCUUUUUUACCAGGGCUUGCCCAACUUUUUGCUCACCUACACAACACCUCACAGACUUAAACCCCGAUGGAGGUUAAUCACUUCUACUGUCACUAUCCAGCCUCAUUCAAAGGGCGCUGAAGGAAACGUCAACCAAAGGCAAAAUCAACUCCAGGCUCUGCGAGACUUCUUUCAGUUUCACUCUUAGUGCACCUCAAAACUGUUUUUCUUUAGUGUACGUUAAAAAUCUGCCCACAUACGGUUCUUUAUUUCCCAUGUCUAUUACCAGCAGCUAAACAAAAUGUUGUCUUUGGCUGUUAAUGCUUGUAAUAUCCAGCAUGUCAACACACUGCAACUUUCAUUUUCCUGCCUGGAGAAGCCUUAAUGUUCACUCAGUCUACUCAGUCAGUAACUUUUCCUGUAAUGGUCAGUUUUUAGAAAUCAGUUUGCAGGGUAAGUUGAGCCAGCCACAGAAAUGGAUAACAUCAAGUCUCCUUAUUCCAAAGGUGAAACUUUGCCAACAGUGAGUUAUAUGUGGCUCAGAGCCUUCUUUACUGUGCACGUCAAUCAUCACAGGAAGGGAAUGAAUCCCCUUUUAAGACAUGCUGUAGUAAAGAUGCUCAGUUAGGUUUUGGCUUCCUGCUGUUAUGUAUUUCUUUGACGGCUUCAAGCUCGGCCCUCGUCGUUUGAGCAAAAACUGUGACGGACGAGUAAAGUCGGUGUGAUUUGGUGUCUUGACUGACAUCUUGUUUUUACACUAAACAUGAGCAGAAAAGAGGACAGCAUGGAGUGAAACUUGAAAACAAGUUGAGUUUUGAUUUAGAUCAUCAAAAUGGAAGAAAGGGGACAUGCUGUGUUAAUUAUCUGUGCAUGGUUCCAGCAUUUUUCCUCCCAUAAUGCUGCCAUAUUUAUAUGGCUAACAGUGUGAGGUACAGUCUGUAUCAGGGGUGUCCAACUCCAGGCCUCAAGGGCCGGUGUCCUGCAGGUUUUAGAUAUCACUCUGG